CCUUACCAAUAUAAUUAAGAAGAGUUUUUUUCUACUACAUUGCUGAAGUACGAAUCCAUUGUGGUUUGUGACUCUUCCUACCAUUCACUCUGAGUAGUGCAUCAUAUUGACUUCUCCAUGGAAGCAUCCAUACAUAUCUGAUAUUAGCACCAUAUUCAGAAGCUCAGGAGGGGGAUGGCUCUUCAUAUUCAUGAAGCCUACAUCUUUCUGUUGCUAAUUCCUUCUUUGGUCACCCCAGCUGCUUUCAACCAUGAAGACUACCCUGCUGAUGAAGGUGAUCAGAUUUCAAAUAAUGAUAAUAAUCUGAUUUUUGAUGACUAUCGAGGGAAAGGAUGUGUGGAUGACAGUGGUUUUGUAUACAAACUUGGGGAGCGUUUUUUCCCUGGGCAUUCCAACUGUCCAUGUGUUUGUACCGAGGAUGGGCCUGUUUGUGACCAACCAGAAUGUCCCAAAAUCCACCCAAAGUGUACUAAAGUAGAACACAAUGGCUGCUGUCCAGAAUGCAAAGAAGUAAAGAACUUUUGUGAAUACCAUGGGAAAAGUUACAAAAUCUUGGAGGAGUUUAAGCCCUCGCCAUGCGAAUGGUGCCGUUGUGAGCCCAGCAAUGAAGUUCACUGUGUUGUAGCAGACUGUGCCGUCCCUGAAUGUGUCAACCCAGUCUAUGAACCAGAACAGUGUUGUCCAGUCUGCAAAAAUGGUCCAAACUGCUUUGCAGGAACCACCAUCAUUCCGGCCGGCAUCGAAGUCAAAGUGGAUGAGUGCAACAUCUGUCACUGUCAUCACGGGGACUGGUGGAAGCCUGCUCAGUGUUCCAAACGUGAAUGCCAAGGCAAGCCAAUGGCAUAGGGCAAAACCCCAAGCAAUGAUGUUUGCAUACCCAUUGUGACAGCUUCCCAUGUUAAAUCUGCCAGCUGCAGUUGGGUCACCAGCAAAACCUUUUAGGGUUAAAUAAGACUAUUUUACCUGUGAGCUUGUUCUCUCACUCUUUUCCUCUGAGAAAAUCUAUAUGGAUGCCUGACAUUACAGCAAGCAACACGGAUUGGUAAAGUAGGUCAGGAGAGGAAUGUUCUACAGAGCUUCUUUUUCUGGUGAUGGGUUAUGUUUUCUCCACCACGUGGGGAUAAUUGGAAAGAAAUAUGUAUACUGUAAUAGAAAUCAAGCUAAAGCCAACCAGUGUAAGCAGUCAAUGUUCUUGAAGGAGAUUAUACAACCUAAGAAAGUCAACGGUCAAGAUCAUCUCUCAGCAACACAUGCCAGUGUCACUCUGUUGCAUUAUCGUUUCCCCACCUCUUUGGUUCUAGGCAAGGAGGAAGAAGCUGCAGCUUCCUAGAGAGUCGCUUUUCCCUACUCCAUCAGACACAACAUGCCUAUUCAGGUUAAUUUCAGUGACCAUUACUGCCUUUUUUGUUCUCUCACCACCUUUGUAUAAUAGCGCAAAUGUAGAAAUCAACUGGUCUUAAGAGAUAAUAUGUACAUCUCUACUGGAAGAAACCAUCUGACAUGGAGUUGCGAUUCACGAUUAUCCAAGUGUUACUUAUCAGCACAAGAUAUUUUUGUAACAUUUAACACUGAAUAACAUCCCUAUAAAUUGAAUGGG